CUGUAACCCACCCACUGAAACCGUCCCAACUUCCCAAGCUCCAUUUCCUGACUGUCCUCGAGGAGACAGAGGGAAAAAAGAACCUCAAAACAAUCCGAAAAAAUUUAAAGCAAUCCAACCUCAGAAAAAAAGAAAAAAAUUUCCCCCAAGAAAAAAUGGAACAUCACACCACCACCACCCGAGCUGAAGCCGAACGUUUACUAGGAAUCGCCGAGAAACUUCUCCGCAACCGCGACUUUGCCGGCUGCAAAGAGUUCGCCGUCUUAGCUCAAGAAACCGAGCCCUUAGUCGACGGCUCCGAGCAGAUCUUAGCCGUAGCCCAAGUCUUGCUAGCUUCCGAAAAGCGUAUCGGCCAACACAACGACUGGUACUCGAUUCUCCAACUCCCCAACCGCACCGAUGACUCCGACCUCGUUAGGAAACAGUACCGUCGUUUCGCUCUUCUUCUCCACCCGGACAAGAACAAGUUCGAAUUCGCCGAAUCCGCUUUCCGCCUCGUUGCCGAUGCAUGGAACGUUCUGUCCGAUCCCGUCCAGAAAUCCGCCUACGAUAAGGAGCUGUCGUUUUUUACCAAGAUAGAUCUAGCUGCUAUGAAGAGGCAGAAAGAUUUACAACAGCGGCAGCAGCAGCGCCAACACAAGAAUGAUCUCUCCAAUCAGAAAUUGCCCGUCCGGCGAAGCUCCAGGGGAAAUAAUACCGCUAAUAAUGCUAGUGGUGCUGGUAACAAUGCUAGCAAUGUCAAUAGCUCUACACCCAACACUGCCCGGGCUUCGGGCCGCAGGAGUAAUUUGAGCAAUAGCGGAAGUGGUGGUGGUGGGGCCAUGAGGGGACAAAGGGGUGCUACAACGACGUUUUGGACGGUGUGUCCGUACUGUUAUAAUCUUUACGAGUAUCCUAGGCUUUACGAGGGGUGUUGUUUGAGGUGUGAGAAUUGCGAGAGGGCGUUCACUGGGAUGGAGAUUUCGGCAAUGCCGCCCACGGUGCCGGGGAAAGAGGCGUAUUACUGUUGUUGGGGUUUUUUUCCGAUGGGUUUUGCGAGUGGGGAUUUGGAUGGUGGGAAGGGUGUUGAUGCUUCUGGGUUUCCGAAUUGGAUGCCUCCGAUGUUUCCGGGUAAUGAGGAAAACAAUAAUAGAAAUGUUGGUGGUAAUGCUGGGGUGGGGAUGGAGAGUGGGAGGAAGGAGCAGAAGACUGCGAAGGUGGCAAGAGUGUCAAAUCCGAGUGCUAAAAAGAGAGGUAGGCCUAGGAAGAAUGUGAUCAAUGUAUGAGCAGUGAACUUGGUUGGCGGUGGAAUGAGGCGGUGAACUGGUGAUGGAGGUGAAUGGUGGAAUUCGGCUCCGAUGGAUUACACGGGGAAUGUGUUUUCCUGCUGAUGAGUUAGAAGAAUCUGACUAGGUGGAUGGGUUCAAGAAGAACCUGCUUAUAAGUUGGAAUUGGAAUAGAUUGGUUGGAUGGAAGGGAGGGGGACUGAGUUUGGUAACAGUAGUAUCAGCUUCUAAGUUGUGAUGUGCUGAAAAUUUUGGACACGUUUUGAUUGGAUUCCUUCGCAUAAGGUGGCUGAUGUUUAGGUUGUCGGAAGUGUAUUUGGUACUCAGUUUAGUUGUUCAUCUGAUGCCCCUAUGUUUGUAGAAAUGUUAAAAUGUUUGUAUAUUUUGUUGCUCUGGAACUGGCUCCGUGUAGGGAAGCCUAUGUACAAUCUCGCUCUUUGCAGGCAAAAAUUUGUCAAUGACCGAUGAUUGUUCUUGGCAUGUAGUAAUAGCUGUGAAUGUGCUUGCGAAUUCAUGUCUAAAUUAAAGUCAAUAUGGCAAGGAUUUAGCUUGCAGUUGAUUCA